AUCAGUGUGUUUGUGUGUUUCAGAAUGUUCAGCUGGGUGGUGAAAGUGGUUCCCCAGCCUCCUGAAUCCCCUGGGAUUUUAGGAAAUUCAGAAAAACCUAAUGAACCUCCGCCAGCCUCAGAGAAGAAAGUAUCUUUUAAGGAAGACAAGAAACAAGAAGCUUCAAAGCCUGCCAAGCCAAAAGAGGAGGAGCAGGUGUCAGAGGAAAAUAGUCAGAGCGGGGUUCUGACUUGGAUAUCGCACGGCUUUGUCAACGCCCUCCCCCAGCCCGCCGGAACCCCCAGACUUAACCGGGCCAAUGCAGAGACCAAGGAUGACACUGCAGUGAGCAGUAAGACUGAUGAAGAACAAGGGCCAGGAGUCAUUGGAUGGAUCGUCCAGGAGUUGGGCAAAGUGGUUCCACAGCCGGAUGAGAAAUACAAGGAGGGGGCAGAGCCAGAGGAGACCACAGAGGUGCAUGAUAUUAAAGAUGUUCCAGAUGCAGAGCCUCUUCCUCACAUCCCUGUGGUGGAGCUUGUCUCUGACGAAGAGCCUGAUGACAAUAACAAGCCCUUUCCACCAAGGGUAAUUGACUGGAUAAAGCAUGGCAUUGAGAAGGUGAUUCCUCAGCCAGAGAUAUACAUCACAACCAACACAGAAAGCCAGGUGAAAAAAGAGAAGACAGACUCAUGCCCACAGAAAGUGAUUGCUCCACCACCUGAGCCCCCCAAAACAGUAGAGGAAGAGGUCAAAGGAGAAAAAGAAGAAGGACAGAAGCCUAAUGUGGUGGGCUGGAUCGUUCAGGGCCUGGGGCGUAUACUGCCACAGCCAGUCCCCAAGACCAACGGAGAUGGGUGUGAGGAUGUGCAGAACAUCUGCAUACUGCAAGACCCAACAUACAUGGUUCUGGAGGAGGUGGAUGCCAACUGGGUAAUGGAGAACCAGGAUCCACCCAGUUGUCAGAUCCAGCAUCCCCUCCCUUCCCUGAUGCCAGAGGUGAUGGCCAUGCAGGCUGAAGAUGCAGAGACCCAGACAGAGAGAUGGACUCCCCUGAUGGAGAACAUUAAGAAGGAGGCUGAGCAAACAGUCUUAGCUCAAGUGGAGGAGAGGUGA